AUGCCAUCGAGUCAACGGCCUCGGCAGGAGUCCCUGCCGGACUUGGCAGAUGAGCAGUAUCAGGCGCCGUUUAGUAUGGCACCUAUCCGGGCGCAGGACGAACAUGGUGACACUGGGUCUGUCUUUGCACCGUCCUCGGUCGCUUCCUCGUUUUUUGACGAGCGUGAAUUGCGCGAAGCCGAAGCCUGGGUCCGUGAAGGUCAUCGGCCAGGUGAAGACGAUGAAGAAGAAGCAUACGUAAGCACUCAACCUAAAGGGCGCCGACGUCGCGAUAGUCAGGUCGGCAGCUAUGACGAUCACAAUACAAUUUUCGAUGGUCCGUCGGCAGAAUUUGUGCCCAGCUCUGUGACGAGUAUGCAUCAUGUUAUGUCGCGUCCCAGCUUUCAAUCGUAUUCGAAGCGACGUCAUCAUCAUCAUACUCGUGCCUCACGCAGUGGCCGUGCAGGCAGCUCUGUUCGUUCGCGAGGCCUCUCAUCUCGUGAUCAUUCUCCUUCCAGCCAGCAUACGCACGAAUCAGGCGUGUCGCAUGCAGCUAGCGUAAUUAGCUACCGCAAGCGCGAUUUCCCUGGUAUGCGACACCGUGGCAGUGAGGAUGUGCUGGAUGAUGGUACUGGAGCCUCGUCCAGUCUCAUUGGUUCCCUCUUUGCCUCAUUUCGAGGUGAGCGUGAGGAUGGCGUGCACUUGGACGAUGAAAGCCGCGCAGAGUGGUCAGAGCAAGUGUCUGACCUGCUAGACGAUGAGGAAGAGUACAUGGAUGAUGACGAUGACGUUGAUCUUCUCGACGAAGCUAGUGAUCAUUCGAGCUUUAGCAGCCGGCAACAAGGAUCGCCUUCGCGUAGCAUGAUCCCUAAUGUCUUUGGCGAGCCAGAUGCCUUCUAUGAUCCACGGUACGAGGCUAGAGAGGACGGUACAGACAUGCCCUUCGACGAUCCCGCCAUGGGCGCCAAACCGGUGCAUCUCAAAGAUUAUCCAGACGCUGCGCAGCAGCUAUUGACUGUUGGCGCUCCUUCCACAGAGCCGCCGCCUGCUGCUACAGACCCUCUUUCGGACGAGGCGCAAAAAAGUAGUGUCUGGCUUGAUAAGACCUGCCGCAAGAAACAACAGAUCUACCUGGUUGACGAAGAUACGUUGAUCCGUAUCUCGGGCUAUCGAACACGCUCGGAUCGUUACUGGCUUUAUAUGUUGGCUUGUAUUCUCACUCUAGGCGCGUUUGGCCUUUUCUCCUUGUGGUUCCCACGCUGGCGUCUACAGCAUGUUCUGGAAGAAGCCGAGUUUAGCGAGGCUGAAUUUGUUGUGGUGGAAAACCAGUGGGGCGAUCUGAGUCAGGAACCAUUUAUCAGUGUGCCUUUCGCUCGACCGCUCAAGUCUGUCUUCCCUGCCACCUCGCGUGAUCCACCAUGCACGCAUGCAGAAGCCCAGGCGAUGCUCCAGGACGACUAUGAGCCCCCUGCAGCUAGUGGCACGGAGGAGAUCGUGGAUCUCAUUAUGUUUGAGUACCGCUACACACGUUUCCUGUUGCAUCCGCCUACAGGCCGGUUCCGCACUAUCAAAGAUUGGCGUGAUGCUUCUUGGACGUCGCCUGAAGCAUUGCGACCUGGCAUCACGGACGAUUUGCAACGUGAGCGUCACAUCUUUUUCGGCCCCAAUAUCAUUGAGAUUGCUGGCAAGUCAACCAUGGAGCUGCUUGUCGGUGAGGUAUUGCAUCCCUUCUACAUUUUCCAGAUUGUGUCGAUCGCGCUGUGGAGUUUGGAUGACUACUACUACUAUGCGUUUUGUAUCGCUGCCAUCUCUGUAGGCAGCAUUGCCUCGACUCUAAUUGAGACCAAGAAGACCAUUGCACGUAUGCGUGAGAUGAAUCGCUUUGUGUGUAUGGUGCGUGUACUUCGUGAUGGCGCCUGGGUGGAGAUGGAUAGCAGUGCUCUUGUGCCUGGCGAUGUAUAUGAUGCCUCUGAUCCCUCGCUGGCCGUGCUGCCGGCGGACAGUGUUUUGCUCUCAGGUGAUGCCAUUGUGAACGAAAGCAUGCUGACGGGUGAAAGUGUACCGAUCAGUAAGCAGCCGGUCUCAGUGCAGGCCAUGGAGACGUUGCAAACCACGCGUUCCGAUUUGGCGACGCACUUGGCCAAGCAUUUCCUCUUUGCCGGGACCAAGGUUAUCCGAAUUCGCCCCGUGCUUAGCAGUACAGGUUCCAACGACGACUUGUCUGCUAAGGCCAUGGUUAUUCGCACUGGCUUCCAUACGACGAAAGGCUCCCUGGUACGUGGUAUGUUGUUCCCGAAACCUAUGGGCUUCAAGUUCUAUCGCGACUCGUUCCGUUUCAUUGGGUUCCUGGCAGGUAUUGCCAUGAUUGGGCUGUGUUUCAAUGCCAUCAACUUUGUGCAGCUGGGCAUUGCGUGGAGUACUUUAAUUAUUCGUGUCCUGGAUUUGGUCACUGUCGUUGUACCACCUGCCUUGCCAGCCACAAUGAGCAUUGGUACUGCCUUUGCUAUUGUACGCCUGCGAAAAAUGGGUGUGUUCUGCAUUUCGCCCACGCGCGUGAAUAUGGGCGGCAAAGUCAAUGUCGUUUGCUUCGACAAGACGGGCACAUUGACCGAGGAUGGACUCGAUGUGCUGGGCGCACGUACCAUUGAUGCACAGACGAUGCAGUUCCGUGAACUGCAUCCUACAUGCGAUGAACUUCCAGCUACGUCGGGCGAGGACGAGGAGCUGGCUCUUUUGCAUGCGCUUGCCACGUGCCAUGGGCUGAAAGUGGUGGAUGGCGAAGUGAUUGGUGACCCGUUGGACGUGAAAAUGUUCGAGUUCACUAACUGGACCAUUGAUGAGGGUGAGACACCAGACCCAGCCUCGCUAGCGAAGGGACCGGAGCGUCCACCAGCACUAGUGCAGACCGUUGUGCGACCGCGUGGUAGUGCCGCGUUCCACACGGAAGAUGCUAUGCAAUCGCAGCCCGUCUCAUCGUCUCUUCUGGAAAUUGGUGUGAUUCGUACUUUCGAGUUCAUUUCGGCUUUACGGCGCAUGAGCGUGAUUGUCAAGCAGUUGCAUGCAUCCUCCAUGCAGGUCUUUGUCAAAGGUGCUCCUGAGGCGCUGGUCGAUAUCUGCCGACGCGACACACUGCCGGGUGACUUUGAGGAUUUGCUCUCGUACUACACGCAGCACGGAUACCGUGUGAUUGCUUGCGCAGGCAAGACGAUGCCAGGUCUUAGUUGGGUCGAGGCACAGCGGAUGUCGCGUGAGCGCGCUGAAAGCGAUCUCACGUUCCUAGGUCUGAUUGUCUUUGAAAACAAGCUCAAGCCUGGCUCAACACCUGCCAUCACGACAUUGCGAAAUGCUCAUAUUGGCUGUAAGAUGGUCACUGGUGACAACCCACGCACCGCCGUGAGUGUAGCGCGGGAGUGUGGCAUUUUAGGUCCUUCUACGACUGUGUUUUUGGCGUCUUUCGUGCAGGGCUCGCCAGAGCAGCCCAAUGAUGUUGUCCUCUCCUGGACUAGCACGGACGAUGAAACGGUCAAGCUAAACCCAGACACGCUCAAGCCGAUUGAUCCUGAUCCUUUCCGCAUUGAUCUUGGCGAGCACCAUGUGCUUGAAUACGAACUUGUGAUCACCGGCGACGUUUUCCGAUGGAUGACAGACUACGCCCCGAUUGAGCUUGUGCGACGAAUGCUGAUCAAAGGCACCAUCUUUGCUCGCAUGUCACCGGAUGAAAAGCACGACUUGGUCGACCGAUUGCAAGAGUUGGGCUACACUGUCGGUAUGUGUGGCGAUGGUGCGAACGAUUGCGGUGCGCUCAAGGCGGCCGAUAUUGGCAUUUCCCUUUCCGAGGCGGAGGCCUCUGUGGCAGCGCCCUUCACAUCGACACGCCCUGAUAUUUCAUGCGUGAUUGAAGUGAUCAAAGAAGGUCGUGCUGCAUUGGUUACUAGUUUCAGCUGUUUCAAGUACAUGGCUCUGUACAGCUUGAUUCAGUUUACUAGUAUCACGAUCUUGUACAAUCUCGCAAGUUCGCUGGGUGAUUUCCAGUUCUUGUACAUUGAUCUGUUUAUCAUCUUACCUGUGGCCGUGGCCAUGGCACGUACCCAGCCAUAUCCGACGCUGCAUACGAAGCGCCCUACGGCCAAUUUGGUAUCGAAAAAGGUGCUUCUAUCUAUGAUCGGCCAGGUGGUUAUCUGCUCACUUACGCAGGCCUUUACAUUCUUUCUGACGCGGCGCCAAGAAUGGUACGAAGCGCCUGAACUCAACAUUGACGAACUGAACGUUGUCAACGCAGAAAACUCGGCUUUGUUCCUGGUAUCGUCCUUCCAAUACAUCACUGUUGCCGCUGUGUUUAGUGUUGGUCCGCCCUUCCGCCAGCCGAUCUACACUAAUCCCAUGUUGCUUGCAUCUCUCACUAGCCUAGGGUGUCUCUCUACUUACUUCCUCUUUGUUCGUCAAGGUUUCUUCUUUGAUUUACUGGGGCUAGUGGAAUUCCCACCAGCCUUCCACUGGAAACUGUUCGCUGUGGUACUUGUGAAUACGACGGCUUGUUUCGUCUUUGAGUCGUACCUCAUGUCGCCCACGUUGCACUGUGUCAAGUUUGUUCAACGAGUCCUUUUCCAUCGUGGGCGACGUCAUGACAAAAUUCGCACGCAUAACCAGAAGGCCUACAAGGCUAUUCUUCGGUCCCUCAAUGAUCCCACAGAAGCUUGA